UGAAAUUGAGAAGCUGAUGCAAGUGAAUGGAAGAUCACUUAAAGAAUUUCCAUGUCUUCCUUAUCCUCAGCCAUGUGAAGGACUGCAAUUUGAUAAUAAGUUUAUUGUUGAUGAACUUAAUUAUGAUAAAGUUGAGAUGGAAAUGCUUCAUAAAAAACUGUUGCCUUCUUUAACUUAUGAACAACUGGAUGUUUAUAAAGAAAUCACUAAUGUAGUUCUUACAAAAAAAAAGGUGGUUUUUUCUUCCUUUAUGGAUUUGGUGGGACUGGAAAGACAUUUGUAUGAAACACUUUGUCUGCAGCGUUUAGAGCUAAAGGUCUAAUAGUUCUCAGUGUUGCUUCAAGUGGUAUAGCUUCGCUUUUAUUGCCUGGUGGAAGAACUGCACAUUCUAGGUUUUCUAUACCGAUUUCAAUUAAUGAAUGUUCCACUUGCAAUAUAAAACAAGGAUCACAAAAGGCAGAGUUGCUUCAGAAAACCAGUUUGAUUAUAUGGGAUGAAGCUCCAAUGCUUAACAAAUACUGUUUUGAGGCUCUGGAUAGAACUUUAAAUGAUAUAAUGAGACAUGACAUGGCAUGUAAUGAAUAUGUUCCUUUUGGUGGGAAAGUUGUAGUGCUUGGUGGAGAUUUCAGACAAAUCCUACCAGUGAUCUCAAAAGGCAGUAGAAGUGAUAUAGUUGGAUCAACUAUUAAUGCUUCAUAUUUAUGGAAGCAUUGUAAGGUUCUCAGGCUGACAAAAAACAUGAGACUUUUGAAUUCUCAGUCAUCCUCGGCUAUGGAAGAUAUUAAGAAUUUUGCAGAAUGGAUUCUUCAGGUUAGUGAUGGUAAAUUGAAUUGUCAUGGCGGUGAAGACUCAGAAAUUGAAAUCCCAGCAGAUUUGUUGAUUGAUGAUUCUGAAUGCCCUUUAAAUAAGUUGGUUGAGUUCACCUAUCCAGCAAUGUUGACGAAUUUGACUUUGAAGAAUUAUAAGUAUUUUGAAGAGCGGGCUUUAUUGUCUCCUACAUUAGAUAGUGUGGAAAAUGUAAACAACAUGAUGUUGUCUAUGAUUCCAGGAGAGGAAAAAGAAUAUUUGAGUUCUGAUUCCACUUGCAGAUCUGAUGAAGACUCUGAAAUAGAUGCUGAAUGGUUUACAUAUGAAUUUUUAAAUGAUAUUAGAUGUUAUGGAAUUCCAAAUCAUAGAUUAAUCCUGAAGGUUGGAGUUCCCAUCAUGCUGCUACGAAACAUUGACCAAUCUGGUGGUUUAUGCAAUGGUACUAGAUUAAUUGUGUCAGAUCUUGGAAAAAAUGUUAUAGGCGCACAUGUUGUUACAGGUCAAAGAGCAGGAGAAAAGAUCUUCAUACCUAGAAUGAAUCUAAUUCCUUCAGAUGGUGGAUUGCCGUUCAAAUUCCAAAGGAGACAGUUUCCUAUAUCAUUGUGUUUUGCAAUGACUAUUAACAAAAGCCAAGGUCAAUCAUUGCCUCAUGUUGGAUUAUAUUUGCCGAAACCUGUGUUCACACAUGGUCAGCUCUAUGUUGCAUUGUCAAGGGUGAAGUCCAGGAAAGGGUUGAAGAUAUUGAUUUUAAAUGACGAUGGAACACUUUCAAAAUCAACUAAAAAUGUCGUAUACACUGAAGUGUUUGAUAACAUAUAUUAGACAUUUCAUUUUUUCUAAUAAAAUAAGGACGUAAAA